AUGCAGGCCAUUGCCACGCUAGAAAUCGCGAUCGACGAGCUCAUCGUGAUUUGGUUUGACGACUUCAACGACGACGGGCCCGCGCCACACGACGCAGUCUUGGACGUUGCUAUCUACUGCAUUGCGCUCCUUCCGGUGAACACUGCCGCCGUGCUCGUCGCGCUCGAAGCACUUCGGACGCAAGCGCCCGUCAUGCUAUGGACGCCCUUUACGAUCGCUCUGCCCGACAACCCGUGUGUCCACACGGUGCUAGACUUUGCCAUUACGUGCAUCACGGCGCUGAAUGCCGAGACCAAUGCGCUUCUCAUGCAAGUGCUUCAGCUCCGAUAUGCGCUGCCAGACCAUGCAUGCUGUGGUAUCGUCAAUGUCUAGAUAGCUCCAUGGCGGUGUAUAUGUAUAAGGUGAAGC